CUGGUCCAGCUAUUGCGGGGCUAUUAAAUUUAUUAAAUGCUACUUUUGGCAAUACAACAGAAUUAAUUAUUUCUGUUUUUGCUUUGUGUGCUGGAGAAAUUAAAAUAGUUCAGUCUUCGAUAUUAGGAUCGAUUAUUUCAAAUAUUUUAUUAGU